AUGGACCUGUAUCAAGAAGAAAUAUACAAUAGAGCAAAUAUAAAUGUGAGCGUUAUCGUUCAUGAUAAUAUAAAAGAUGUUAUAAUAAAAAAUCUUGAGAAUAAUAUGACCGAUAAGAAUAUAAUAAUAAAUAAUUAUAAUUAUAAUGAUAUUAUCAAAAUUAAUAAUAUACCAAAUGAUAAUAUUAAAGAUGAGGAAAAAGGAAUAUUAUCCUUAUGGUUAAAAAAAAUAAAAGUGGUAUCAUCUGUUAUAAUUUUAUGUGUUGACUGGCAACAUAUAUAUAGUCAACAUAAGAUACAGUCUAAUUCAAAAGAUACUAUUGAAAAUGAAAAUAUGAAUAAAGAAAGGAGAGGUAGUAGUUAUUAUAUUGAUAAGGAAGGUAUUAUAAAUGAAGGGAUAUACAACAUGGGUGAUAUAAAUAAUUAUGAUAAUAUAAAUAAUUAUAGUAACCCCAAUAGCUUUAAUAAUAUGAAUAAUUCAUGUGAGGGUCUUAAUAUGGAUGAUAAUAAAUUAUGUUAUGUACAGAAUGAAGAAUAUAUGAAUAAAAUAAACAAAGAAUUAUUAAAUCGAAUUGAAGAAAUUAAUAAAAUAAUAUUGAAACGGAAAAAGGUUUGUAAGAUAAUUUUAUUAGUUAUACUACCAGAGAAUACAAAAAAUACAGAAGAUUAUAUUAAACAUAUAAGUAAGUUGAAUUGUGAGAAUAUUAGUGCUAUAUUUAUUACAUUGGGUUUAAAAGAAAUACAUAAUAAAAUAAAAAAAUUAGAUAAUUUACUAAAAGAUUGUGUUACUAGUUUUUUUAAACAAUAUAUAAUAAAUUAUGAAAGGAAAAGUAAUAUAAAUUUAUUAUCAUUUUUUAAAUAUAAUUUUAAAAAAGCAUAUAUAUUAGAAAUGUUAGAAAAAUAUGAUGAGAGUAUGAAAAUAUAUGUAAAUAUAUGUAAAGUAUUUUAUGAACAUAUUGGUAAUAAUAUUUUUUCAGAUGUAUUACAAUAUUUUAAUUAUGUUAUAUUUUUUAAUUGUGUAAGUAUACGUAUGAUAUAUAUAUAUUUGUAUUUUAAAGACAUAAAGAAAGGUAUACAUCAUAUAUAUACUCAUAAUAAGAUAAUACAAUUAACAUUAAUGGAGAAUCAAACUAUGACAAAUGAGGAAAAUCAAAUGGUUCAAGAAUUUUUUAAUAUAUUUAAUAAAUAUAAUGAUAAGAAAGAAAAUAAAUUUUUUGUAAAUCAAAUAAAAUACAAAAAAAAAAAUGAUAAUAAUAUUAAUAUUAAUAGUAGUAAUAAUAGUAAUAAUUUUUGUUAUAGUGAUGAUGAAGAAAAAUUAUUAUUAUUAUCAUAUAUAAAUAAAUUAAAAGAAAAGAAUUUAGACAUCUUAUUAUUAUUAUAUAAUAAGAUAUUAAAAGAAUAUUUAUAUUAUAAUUUACUUUCUUGUGUGUAUUUUUAUUUUUAUCGAAUUAUUAAAAAUUUUCAAAUAUAUAUACAAGAUAUAGUACUCUAUGGUAUAUAUUGUUGUUUUUUUAUAUAUAACAAAAUAAAAGCUGUUAAAAAAAAGGACAACCUUAUAGAGAAUUUCCCACAUUCUUAUAUCAUAUAUUUUAAAAUGGAUAGUAUUUCAUUUUUAUAUGAUUUUAUAUUAAAUUUUUUGAUUGAAUUAUAUCGUAUAAUAAAGAUAAAUCAAAUAAAUAGUUUAUCAUUAAUUAUUUUAUAUUUUUUAUGUACUAUAUAUUAUGAGCAGAAAAAAUAUUUAUUUUGUGUCUUCUUACUUUUACAAUUUUUUACACACCAGAAAGAUGAUUUUAUAUUAAACUGGUUGGAUGUGAAAUAUUUAAAGGAAGAGAAAUAUGACAAGGGUGAAUUCUUGUGUAGUCUGAGGAGGUUGAAGUUGGAUAUAGAAUAUAUAAGAGAAAGGAAUAGUGUCGCUUAUGAACCACUGGUAUACUUACUUUUAAAUUCAUUAUCUUUUGUGCUAUAUCAUGAGAAUAUAAAAGUAGAUGUGGAGGAUGAUAAGAAGGAGUUGGAAUUUUUUAAUGUGGAUAAGAAAGAAUAUGAAACAUUAUUUGUUGAGAUAUGUUUUGUUUACUUGAAUAUAUUAAUUAAGAAUAAGAAAAAUAAUGAGAGAGAAGAUUUUAUAAAAUUUUUGAGUAAUUAUUUUGAUAUGGUGAAUUAUAAUUUAUAUAUGAAUAAGGAUAUUAAUUUAUCACUUUGUAAUAUAAAUGUAGAUAUGUUUUAUAUAUUUUUUGAUAAUAAUAGUAAUAGUAAUAGUAAUAGUAAUAGUAAUAGUAAUAGUAAUAGUAAUAAUUUGUAUGUUUUUUUUGAAAUAAAGGAUAUAUUUUUAAAUGAACAUGGUCAUAAUAAUUUUAUAUAUUUGCCUUUUUUUGUAAUUUCAAUAAAUGAUGAUAAAAAAUAUUUUACCUACCAAAUUGAUGAGACAUUUGAAGAUAGAACUUUUUUCUUUUGUAUUAAUACAAAUGAAGAGGAUAUGAUUGAUAAACUUAAUUUGGAUAUACAGAAUGUUAAGAAUAAAAAUAUAAAUGAUAAUAUACAAAAUAAUGAUUCUUAUGUAUGUAAAUUUAUGAAUAGAAAAAAAAAAAAAAGUGUUGUAAGUUUUAUUAUUUCAGAAUGGAAGAAUGAAAUGAAUAUUGAUUAUGUGGACUUAUAUCUUUUUAUAUUUAAUCAAAUUAUAAGAAUUCGUAUUGAUAAAAUAUCUGUUUAUCAUUGUAAGAGGAAGUACAUGGAAUUAUAUAAUGCUGAGAAUCAAAAUGUGGGGACUAAAAAUGAAUAUGACGACAGUUUGGGUGUUCACAAUGUUGAUGUUAAUAGUGUGUAUGAUGGAUCAUGCAAGGAAAACACCAAUGAUAGUAAUAAUAAUAAUAAUAUGAUAAAUUAUGAGAAAGAAAUAAAACAAUCUGAUGAUAAAUAUUCUUUUAUUCCUACACAUAACAUACUUAAUAUAAAUAGCUUGGAUGAAGAAAAAAAAAUCUUCCCAAUAAAAAAUAUGAAUUGCUUAACAAAAAAUAAAUUUGAUUAUUAUAAGUUAAAGGAUGGAAUAUAUAUGAAUAAAUAUGAGAAUAAAAUAAUUUAUAAUAAGGAUAAAUAUUUAUAUAAAAUGUCAUUAUUGAAAUAUAUUAAUUAUUAUAUAUAUUCAAGAAAUGAUAAAUUAUAUUUGAAUGAAUAUAAUAUAUCAUAUAUAUUUAUUAAGUAUUCAACUUAUAUUAAAAAUUUCGAGUUAAAUUUUUCUUAUAUCAUAGAUGAUAUUGAUCAUGUUGACUUUUAUUUAUUGAGCAAUGAGGAAAACGUGAUAAAUAUCCAUAAAAUUAAAAACAGACAGAAUAUAACAUUAAGAGGAAGUAAAGAUAUAUAUAAAUGGUAUAAUAAUGGCAAUGAAACUGUUUUAAAUAAUGAAAAAAAAGAAAAAUAUAAUAUGGAAAAAAUUAAAAAAAAUUAUAUUUACAUGGAUGAUGAUAAUCAAACGGAGGAAAUAUCAGAUUGUGAUAGUAGUAUAAGUAGUGAUACGGAAGAAUAUAAUUCAUAUAGUGAUGAUAAUAAUAAUAAUAUGAAUAAUAUGAAUAAUAUCAAUAAUAUCAAUAAUAAUAAUAAUAAUAACUAUAAUAACAAUUAUUUUAAUACCAAAGAGGAAUUACAAAUUAGUGAGAACUUUUACAAAAUUAUACAUAAAAAUAUAAACAACAAUAUGGAUGAUGAAAAGGAAACUUUGUUUGAUGAGAAUAUAUUUUUUUUUGAAAUUAAAGGAGAUAAAAAAAUGAAGAAUAAUAUAAAAAAAUCAUGUGUGAAAAAAAUAUACGGUCGUAGUAAUUUUAAUAAUAACUGUUAUAUGUUAUAUGAACAAAGGAAAAAUAAAAAAAUGAUGAAAAAAAGAAAUACAAAAGAUGAAAAGUAUGAAAACAAAAUUGGUUAUAAUGAUAAUAUAAAUCAUCCUAAUGGUUAUAUAAGUAAUACUUUAUUUUCAUUUUAUAAAGAUGAGAAAGAAAAAUUAUUAUGUAUACCAUUCAUUAUAAGACCGAGAGAAUUAAAAAAUGUUAAAAUAAGUUUUGAAUUUCUUUUCAAAAAUAUUUAUUUUAAGGAUGAGUUGAAAUAUAAUCUUAAUUAUUUUGUGGAGCCUUCUCUAAUAACAAUGAUGACAAGAAUGAAUUUGAGAAAGGAUGAUGAAGAGAAUUAUUUGAUUCAUAAUGAUAAAGAAAAUAAUAUAGAAGAAGAAAUUAUAUCACAUAAUAAUGAAACUAUUAAAGAGAAUAUAUAUAAUGAUUUAAUAGAUAAAGAUUUGUUUUUUUUCAUAUCAUAUUAUUUAUAUAUACAUAAUAAUAAUAUAAAUAGAAUUGAACUUGUUGAUAUUGAAAAUAUAAGAAUAGAUAAUAUUAUAAAAAUGGAAUAUAAAAAUACUUAUUGUGAUUUUCUUAGAACUAAUAAAAAAUAUUUGAAUAUUAAAUAUCAAUUAAAUUAUGAAAGUUUUUUUUUUCCUUUUAAUAUAAUAUUUAAGAAAUUAAUUUUUACAAAUUUGAUUAAGUUACCAUAUGAAGAUUAUAUAGAAAAUAUAAAUAAUAAAAUGAAUUUACAAAACGAACAUAAGAAAAGUAAAAUAAAAAUAGAUUUAAUAUAUUCAAAAAUUGUAAAAUGUAAUGAAUUAUUUACUAUCCAAGCUGUUAUAACAAAUCAGACAAAUAUAACUGAGGAGAUUAUUAUAUUUUUAUAUGACUUACCAAAAGAAAAAGUAAAAAAAAAAAAAAAAAAAAAAUUAGCUAGCCAAAAUGAGGUAAAAAGAAAAAGUCAAAUGAUUAUUAAUAAAUAUGAUGAAAAAAAAAUAUAUGAAUUUAAUGAAAUAAAUAAAAAUAAUGAUAAUAUAAAAAAUGAUAAUAUAAAAAAUGAUAAUACAAAUUAUGAUAAUAUAAAUCAUGAUAAUAUAUAUAAUGCCAACAUAAAUAAUACUCUUUUUAAUAUUCCUGAUUAUGAAUCAUCAUCAUAUGAUUAUACUUCAUCUUCAUCAUCUUAUUCUUCAUACAACAUGGAAAAUUUAAUAAACCAAGAUGAAUAUCUUUUGGAUGAUGAAAAUGUUGAUGUCACAAGAAAUGAUUUACAAAUGAAUAAUAUAUUAAAUAAUGUUUCACAAAAAAAAUAUAUCAUAUCAGGAAUUCGAAGUAUGAAAAAUAUUCUGUUACCAUAUCAGACCUUACAUAUAGAUUGGUCUUUCAUACCUCUUACAUAUGGACAUAUAACACUACCUAAUAUUUUAAUAAAAAGAAAAACAAAAGUAAAAAAUAAUGUUAAUGUAUUUGCUUCAAAGGAUAUUCAAAUAAUAGUCAUAUGA